GCAUGGCGAAGAUUUGAUCGUUACCCCGUUUGCACAAAUUUUAGCCAGUUUACGGAAUGUACGCAAUAAUUUGGUUCUAAUUGCAAAUAUACCAGCGGAUGAGAAUCGUCCAAGGCCAAUUCCAAAACGACCACCACUUCAUAGUACAGCAUUACCAGCUGAUGUUAUACAGUGUGGCCAAGAUACUCUUGAUGAAUUGGACUGGUGCUUGGGUCAGCUGGAAACAAUACAAACUCAUCGAUCUGUAUCUGAUAUGGCAUCUAGUAAAGUUAGUCAUUAA